AUGAUCAGAAGGCGCCGCUGUCAGUAUCUUACAUUGGCGGUGAUCGUGCUUCACGUCAUUGUCUUCUCGCUAAUCAGCGCAAGAAGCCGAGAAAAACUUUUACCGCUUCGAGAUUUGGCAACCAGUCUCUCUGAAUAUGCGGCAGCUUUGAAAGAAAGAAGAACAUUUCCCUUCGAUGCUUGGACAGAUAAGAUCUUUGCAAACUACUUGAAUGAAACGGCCAAGGACGAUAGAAAGGCUCGCCUCGCGGCUCUUGCAACAAACAGCUCGGCGCUAGGGGCAGACAGAAUGGCAGUCAAGGUGCCUGAGUUUUUCAAGAAUGAUUCAGACAACCCGAUAUUGGUGCCUUUUGAGCCUCGCUUGACCUUGGGUAUGAUUCUCAACGACUACAAUGAGCAUUUGAUUAAGUCUGAGCAACAUGAUGUCGAUGCUUUUGAGUAUACCCUCCCCGUGUUUCACUGGUCUGACUGGACGGAUUUGUCGGUGCUCAAUCCAUACUUCAUGUCGUUUGGAAAAGACAGAGAAACAUGUAAACUUUUUGGGAAAACGCCGAGGAAGACAAAGUCUAACCCGAAUCCCGUUAAGAAGUCUCCUCAUUGGUGCUUGGAAGACACUGAUGUAGCAUUUCUAUAUCACGAAAACGUGAAUCUCGAUGACCGCAAACGUGCUGCUUUGAAGGAAAUCUUGCAGUCUCCACUUCGAACUGGUUUUCAUGUGGACAGAUUUGGCGGCAAGAAUCCUCACGACCUGAGAAAGCUCGAGGCUGCUUCGUACCUCAAUGAUUUCAUGGAUAAGCCGCUUUCGGUGGUGCUUCUUCUACCACACCCUUCUGGACGUCUGAAAUCGAUCAAACUAAACGUUAAUGGUGAAGUGGGUAGCAGGGUCCGUCUUCUGCAGUCUGAAUUAGCUCGCUCCGUCGCCAACAGACUCGAUAGAGUCGAUCUCCGUGAAGAACUCAAACGCCUAGCGGCCAAGUUUAAGGAUGACGAAUCAUCUAGGUACUCCAGCCACUUGGAGCUACAACAUGAGGACUUCUUAGAGACACUGAAUGAAAGACUCAUUGAGCUUUCAAAAAAAUCAAAUGUAAAUGCGCAUGAGCGCAAUUAUAUGGAGAGUUUAUUAACGACUUUGAGUGGAGUGCCGCCCACCAAAUACUUUUUUGAGGCGCUGUUGCAUAAGUCUACUCCAAAUUGGUCAUGGAGUGGCCACUACGAUUGGAGAUUCUACAAAGACAUUAUAAAUUUUUCUGAUUUACAACCUCCGUCAUUGCACGGGCUCACACUGGCGUGGCUUCGAUUGGUGAAUGCUCAGAAAUUGAGGUCUUGGGUUGCACACGGCACUCUUCUUUCCUGGUUUUGGAACGGAAUAAACUUUCCAUGGGACGCUGACGUAGAUGUGCAGAUGCCAAUCAGUGACCUUCAUGAGUUGGCUCGCCAAUUCAACCAAUCAAUCAUCGUUGAUUUUGGCACGGAUCUCAAUGGAGAAGUCAAGACUGGAAGGUAUUUCUUAGAUGUGGGAACGUGGAUUUCACAUAGAGAGUUUGGAAACGGUCGCAACAACAUUGACGCUCGAUUCAUCGACGUGGACACUGGGCUUUACAUCGAUAUCACAGCCCUCGCUAUCUCCAACACCGUUGCACCAUCAAUUUAUGACAAAAAUUUACCGUCAAGUCUCAAAAGAAAGAAGGGCCAAUCCAUGGAUGAGCAUGAAGUGGAGAGGAACACAGUUCUUCAAGUAUACAACUGCAGAAAUAGGCAUUUUUCUUCACUCAAGGACUUAUCGCCCUUAAAGUUAACAUAUGUUGAGGGCGUGCCAGCAUACGUGCCGCUGAAUUUCAUAAGUAUCUUAGAAAGAGAAUACGAAGAAGGUGGAUUGGCGGAACAAAAGUACAAGAAGUAUGUGUUUUUGCCACGGUUGAGGAUCUGGUAUCCUUUCGAUCCUGUGUCUCGAUUUGUAAUCGAUAAAGGAAAAGACUUUAAACCAAUCUUACAGCUUGGCUCCGAGAGGUCCAAAGCACUGAACAACAUCGACAAGAUGGCUGUUUACACCAUGUCAGAUGAGGAUUAUCUUGAGCUUAUGGCACGAGAGAGUCUGCUCUUGGCCGAAUAUGUGGUGACAAGAGACGUAACCUUACUUCACCAAAAAGAGAUCAAACAGCUCGUUAAGGGUAAGCUGACCGAGAGUUUACUACUUGACGAGGGCAAUCUAAUUCAUACGAUCACUCCUUUCAGGAGAGACUUUAUGAAGUAUAAGCAUGUCAAAGACGAGUUUUUUUUCGAUCUUCAAGUCGAGAAAGUGAUGGAUGAAAUGACAAAAUUCAGACAGGGCAUUUCACGGACAACAAAAUUAGAGUCCAAAACAGAGAAAGAGGAGAAGCCAUCUGAGCAUGUGAACAUCAGCAAAACCUCAGGCUCUCCAGCAGUGCUAUUUCAACCGGUUGGGGCAGCCCCCGAAAGGCCUAGACCAGCCGAAGAAUAG